AGGUGUGACGCAGUGAAUGAGAGAGUGAAAGUAAGUUCAGUCUCCGCCAUUAGAAGAGGACAGAAGCCCGGAUUCACUCGGGGUCGGUGUCGGCAGUGUUCAGCUGUGUGUGAAUGAAGAAGAGUAAAUGAUGGAUCUUCAGAACUCCAGCAGUGGAGGAGGACCUCCUGUCCUAAAAAUAAACAACCAGGAUAUUUAAUAAAGAGCAGUGUUAAACUGCUGAAAGAGGUGAAGCACAAGCCAUCCAGAAGAAUCUCCUGAAAACGCAGAAAUUGUUUGCUACAUUUCACAGACAGAUGGAGCCAAGUCCCGACAUGGAGAAACAUCAGCACUCUGUCAAGAGUUUUACUAAACAGAGUGAUCUCAAAAAACACCAGCGCAUUCACACAGGAGAGAAACCGUAUCACUGCUCAGACUGUGGGAAGAGUUUUACUCAACAGAGUCAUCUCAAAAAACACCAGCGCAUUCACACAGGAGAGAAACCGUAUCACUUCUCAGACUGUGGAAAGAGUUUUAAUCAACAGAGUGAUCUCAAAAAACACCAGCGCAUUCACACAGGAGAGAAACCGUAUUACUGUUUCGACUGUGGGAAGAGUUUUACUGAACAGAGUAAUCUCAAAAAACACCAGCGCAUUCACACAGGAGAGAAACCGUAUUACUGUUUCGACUGUGGGAAGAGUUUUACUGAACAGAGUAAUCUCAAAAAUCACCAGCGCAUUCACACAGGAGAGAAACCGUAUUACUGCUCAGACUGUGAUAAGUGUUUUACUACACAGAGUCAUCUCAAACUGCACCAGCGCAUUCACACAGGAGAGAAACCAUAUUACUGUUUCGACUGUGGGAAGAGUUUUACUCAACAGAGUGAUCUCAAACUGCACCAGCGCAUUCACACAGGAGAGAAACCGUAUCACUGUUCAGACUGUGGAAAGAGUUUUACUAAACAGAGUAAUCUCAAACUGCAUCAGCGCAUUCACACAGGAGAGAAACCGUAUCACUGUUCAGACUACUGUGGGAAGAGUUUUACUCAACAGAGUCAUCUCAAACUGCACCAGCGCAUUCACACAGGAGAGAAACCGUAUCACUGCUCAGACUGUGGGAAGAGUUUUAAUCAUCAGAGUAAUCUCAAAAAUCACCAGCGCAUUCACACAGGAGAGAAACCGUAUCACUGCUCAGACUGUGGGAAGAGUUUUAAUCAUCAGAGUAAUCUCAAACUGCACCAGCGCAUUCACACAGGAGAGAAACCGUAUCACUGCUCAGACUGUGGAAAGAGAUUUACUACACAGAGUCAUCUCAAAAUUCACCAGCACAUUCACACAGGAGAGAAACCAUAUUGCUGCUCAGACUGUGGAAAGAGUUUUAAUCAACAGAAUCAUCUCAAAAACCACCAGCGCAUUCACACAGGAGAGAAACUGUAUCACUGCUCAGACUGUGGGAAGAGUUUUACUACACAGAGUAAUCUCAAAAAUCACCAGCGCAUUCACACAGGAGAGAAACCGUAUUACUGCUCAGACUGUGGGAAGAGUUUUACUGAACAGAGUAGUUUCAAAAAACACCAGCGCAUUCACACAGGAGAGAAACCGAAUUACUGCUCAGACUGUGGGAAGAGUUUUACUCAACAGAGUACUCUCCAAAUACACCAGCGCAUUCACACAGGAGAGAAACCGUAUUACUGCUCAGACUGUGGGAAGAGUUUUACUCAACAGAGUACUCUUCAAAUACACCAGCGCAUUCACACAGGAGAGAAACCGUAUCACUGCUCAGACUGUUGGAAGAGUUUUACUCAACAGAGUAAUCUUCGAAAACACCAGCGCAUUCACACAGGAGAGAAACCGUUUUAUUGCUCAGAUUGUGGGAAGAGUUUUACUCAACAGAGUAAACUCAAAAAACACCAGCGCAUUCACACAGGAGAGAAAACUCCAUCUUAGUUCAGUUUGAAGGCAAUUAAAAGUGCAAAUCGUAAGUCUUUUCCACUACCACUAGGCCCAUCUGCAUGAAAGAAGAAGUGAAAACACCAGCUGAGGAACUCCAGAGUGUGUUCCCAAAAGUGAGACCCAGAGCCACAGAGAGAGACGACACUGUUCCGGAUACUGCCGUGUGGACUGGAGGAGCAUCCAGACCCGCAGAGAGUCUAACAAAAUCCUUUCCAGAGGUUAAAUAAAACGCUCCAGCCGUAGUUCCCAUACUGAAAUCAACCUCCUCCAGACUUGUGUAGCGCAGUAAGGUUGCAGGCUCAUUCAUUCCCUCUGAUGGUGUUCUCAUUUGUCUAUGGUUCGUUCUGAUUAAAAUCUGUAACCAUAGAGGGAUAUAGAUGGAUAUUUGGUUGUUGUAUUACUCAAGUUUUAUACUCUCUUAUCUUCUCCUUAUUGAAUAUUAUAUGUUGCUUAAGGUUUUUUGAUCUCCAAAAUUUACUAAGAAUAUCCAAAUCAUGUAGUUUCUUAAUUGUUUUUAUCCACUACAAACUAUUAUCUUUGUAUUGCUUCACCUCUAUAUUUACUCAUCUGUGUGUUUUAUUAAACUACUUUUAUAUUGCAGAUCUGCAAUCUCAUUGUGUUUUCUCAACAUAUGUUGGACAUGAAACCUAUAGGCCUGAGAUUGUCUCAUGUUAUUAUUUGUUAAAUACUCAAAGGUGCCCAACAGAGAAAGCCAGUGUAAAAUGGAUUUGUGUUGAAGUGUAACAAUAGUCAAUUUAAGAUUGAAAUUCGGAAAAAUAUGUUUUUUGUUAUUGGUUCAGGCUUAAAAGGGUUAAAUAUACAAUUACUUCCAAAGGUAGAGUAACAUGGGUUUAACUUGUAUUCAUAUGUUUAUAAAGUUCUUUAUUGUGA